CACAUUGUUUUAUUUAUGCUUAUGGCAGGAUUUAAUAAUACAUAUAUGUUUAUAAUAAUAAUAUAAUUAUUAUUAUUGUAUAAUAUUGUUAUAUUCUUCUUCUUAAUAUUAGUAUUAUUACUACAUUAAAAACUCGUAACAUGUACCCAAACUGUGACCCCACGACGGUACUUCGAGCCUGUGACAACGUCUCGCGAGCUUACGUGUGACCACAGCUGAGAAAAUGGAUGGCUUCGCUAGCCACCUAGCCGAGAGAAUCGAGACCUAAGUGGAAUAUCAUCGUUAAUACAUUAAAGUAUUGUUGUCUGUGGAUUUCAGUAUGGACCCACUGGAAAAUAACAGCAUCCCAGGUGAUACAUAUACAGAGGAACAGCAAAACCCGACAGAAGAGGCAGAUUUGAGUGUGAGGCCUACCCUUUCACAGGUCAAAAAGUCCUGGGGCUUUAGGCGGACAACCAUCGCCAGAAGAGAGUUCAUGGAAGAAGUAGGGGACCUAACAAUAAGCCCUCCACCUCUACGGAGAGGCAGAAGUCGUCAAACCAAGCAGACACCCCAGACCACUGCAGAGACCCACACCACUCCGAAAGCUACAUGCUCAACAAAGAGUGUUAUAGAUGACCUUGAAUGGUCAUCUCCUUCCUCACCUGCAUCAGAAGAAAGUAAGCCAGCAUCAGAAGCUUCUGCAGGAAACAGCCUUGACCCAAGCUUAUGGCAGGAUUUUGGAUCUGCUUUCCACACUGCCUUCUCACUGCUUGGUGGGAAUGAGGGCUUGUCACUGGACAUGCCAGACACACUGACAGUCCCAGACUUUUUGGAAGCUACUAAUGCCACUGAGGCCCAAGCUCAGCAGGCUAUAGAUGAAACCGAAGAGCCUGAUCAUUUAGAAUCAUCGGAUGAUAUGGAAAUCUCACAGCCGAUUGCCCCUGAAAAUGUGGCAGUGGGAAGUGAUGAUGUGGUGUUGAUUUCCAGUCAAGAAGAGGACAGUGAUGAAAUGACUCUGAUACAGAUGAAGGAGCAGCUGCUAUCUAAUAGCAGACAGGGGGCCACAAAGGCGAAAGGUGGGAGAGGUGGAAGAGGGAAAGCCAGAGGAAGGGGUAGAGGCAGAGGAAGAGGUAGGGGAAGAGGGAGAGGGAGAGGGAGAGGCAGAGCGAAGGGUAGGGCAGUGGAGAUUCAGCCAAGCAUUGCAGAUGAUAUGAGUGAUGAUGAGGUGAUGUUUGUUGAUGCAUCUGAGCAGCCACAGCAUCAACACAGUCCCACUGAAAUAGAGAUAUCAUAUGAUCACUGUGAUAAGACUCCAAGUCCUUCACAGCAAUCAAACUCAGACUGUAUAAUCAUAGAACCUGGCUUAGACCAUGAUACUGAUGUAACUUCUGGUCAGUAUGAUGACGCACCGGAGGAGGAUGAAGUGAAAGACGAUAACAAUACUGGAGAUUGUUCAAGCUUAUUGGACAGUGAGGGUUUUGACCUCAAUGCUCUGUACUGCAUCUGCCGACAAAAACGCAAUAAAAGGUUCAUGGUCUGCUGUGACACUUGCCAGGAGUGGUUUCAUGGCGACUGCAUCGGUAUCAGUGAGACACAGGGCCGGGAAAUGACGAUGCAAGGGCGAGAAUAUACCUGCCCCCCCUGCACAACCAAGAACCAACUUCAAUCUGAGCCCGAGCCUGAGCUUAGCUUUCCAGAGUGUGUAACACUAUGUCCCUCAGGAGAUGAAAGGGAUGAACAGCAAGCCAUCAAGGAGGCUGUGGUGGAUGAGCAGCAGCAGAAGGAGAAAGAGGAGGACGAAGAGGCUUCUGUGAUGAGGCCUGAAAUAAAAUCUGAGAUGAAAACGGAAAGCUCUCUUCCUCUAUGCAUUGGACCCGACUGUUUGAAACAACCCUUACCAGAGUCAGUUUACUGUGGUACUGACUGCAUCCUUCAGCAUGCUGCCUUCACUAUGAAGACGCUCUCUGUCCCAAAGGUGCCCAAGUCCAGAGGACAAGCACAGAAAAAAGCUGCCCCCGCCAAAACCACUGCAAAGGUUCAGAGGUCAGUUAGGAUGUCCAAGAGGUUAGCUCAAAAGGCAGAGGAAGAAGGUGGAGAGGAGGAGGCGAUGGAGAAAGAUGACGGAGGAAGUAAGGAGGCUGCAUCUCCCGUAGCCUGCGACCCCAGUCGCUCAGAAGUUCAGACCACUUCCACACCAUCACCUAUGUUAAACACAACGUCAGCUGGAAAGGACAGUGAACAGGUAGAGGCCGCCAGUGAGGCUCCACCUCCUUCAACAGAAUCUCCAGGGGAUACGUCCACAGAUGCAGUUCCCUCUCCUCCAACUGUCACAGAGCCAGCUCCUGCACCACAGAGAGACACUCAAGAAAAAGCACAGGAGCCAGUAAGCAGUGGUUUGUCUGAGCAACAACCAGCUGAGUCCGAUCCCUCAAUAUCAGCCACCCUGGCAAAACCUAGUUUACCUCCAGCUUCACUGUCCCCAACCACCUCCGCACCCAGACAUCAUGAAACGGGGGCCGUGAUGGUCACUAAAACGUCAUACGUCAUACCAAAGAAGCAGUCUGCACCGCAGCCAUCGUCCAUAUCAGCCACGGCAUCCUCAGCCCCAGCACUGCUAAACGAAGCCCGGAACUUGCUGGUGCCUCCUGCUCCCAGUGCCCCAUCCUCCAGACCCUCUCAGCCCAAUAAUCAGAUCAGGCAGAGCAUCCAGCGCUCCCUCACCGGCAUUCUCUUCAAAAGGGUGUGUGAUUGUGAGGAUUUGGAAAUGACUGAGAGUGAUGCUGCCAAGCUUGUCGCAAACAUCGAGAUGGAGAUGUUCGACAUAUUUCGCAACACGGACAGCAAAUACAUGAACAAGUACAGAACUAUAAUGUUCAACUUGAAAGAUCCAAGAAACAAGGGCUUACUGUAUCGGGUUGUACGAGGAGAAAUCGGUCCCUUCAGACUGGCAAGGAUGAGCCAGAAGGAUAUGCAGGCUACAAAGGCACCAGAACCAAGUGCAAAAGAAACAUCAGAGGCUAAGAAUGCAGCUGCUAAAGCACCAAGUUUGCUGCAGAAGCCUGAGGCAGUUAAGGUUGAUUUGCCCAGUUUAAAUCCCGCUAGACCAGAAAGAAGACCCAACAAAAGACCUGAAAACACAGUUUCGUCUCAGGAACAGAAGAGAAGUUUUCCUGCUCCUGCUCUCAAGAACAAAAUAAACCAGAGCAGUGCUGCUGCAAAUAUUUUCACCUGUAUGCUUAAAGACACAACAUCAGAGCACAAAGCUCACCUCUUUGACCUGAAAUGUAAAAUAUGCACAGGCCAAAUACUUGCUGGUGAAGUGGAUGAACCUGCAACAAAAAAAACCAAGAUUACUGAAAAAAGAGAUAAACCUGAACCCUCUUGGAGAAAACAUUCAGGAGAUGACUCCCCCUUGCUGGCACCUCCUGACUCACCUGACAUGGACUCUCCAACAUCCCGCCUCGUCAUUGACUCUCCAGCAGCACUGACUAUAGUAGAAUCCCCUGCUUCCCCCUUAAUGGAUUCUCCAGCCUCUCCUACUUUAGAGUCUCCUGCUUCCCCCAUCUCAGAGUCUCCUGCAUCCCCAACUUCAGACCUUUCCAGAGCUACAGCACAACAAAGAGCAUACACACCUGUUGUCAUUCCAGCUGUCUCCACUGUGACCAUCACAAGACGUGAUCCCCGCACUGCAGCAAACAGGUUCUCCACUGGUCCCAGUAACACAACCCAUAACCAGUCAACCCGUUAUUUUCCUGUCAAAGAGAAUACCUCUGCAUCGCUCUCUGCACCAGCAUCCUCACUACCACCACCACCCAAAAUGUUACCCAAAUCUAUCUUAAUGAAGCCAUCUUCCUCAGCAGAUCCCAGACUCUAUGGGGCAUCCUCAAGGACUGUGAUUUCUGAAUCACCCGCCAAUGGAGAGAGUGCUCAGUUCCUUGCUAAGCAAGAGAUUGUGUGGAAAGGCUUCCUUAACAUGCUCAAUGUAGCCAAGUUUGUCACAAAGGGAUAUCUGGUUUCUGGAUCUGCUGAAAACCUAAAAGCGGAUCUGCCUGAUACCAUACAGAUUGGUGGACGAAUCCUGCCACAAACGGUGUGGGACUAUGUUACAAAGCUAAAGACAUCUGUCACAAAGGAGUUGUGUGUCAUCCGGUUUCACCCUGCAACAGAGGAGGAAGAGGUGGCCUAUGUUUCCCUGUAUUCCUAUUUCAGCAGCAGAGGUCGUUUUGGUGUUGUUGCACAUAACAGCCGUUCCAUCAAGGAUGUAUACCUCGUCCCGCUCAGUGCAAAUGAAUUAGUCCCAUCCAUACUGCAGCCUCUUGAAGGGCCAGGACUUGAAAUUAAUCGACCCAAUCUUCUUCUGGGUCUGGCAAUCGUCCAGAAGGCAAAACGUCCAGGAAGUGUGCUUCAGGAAACUGAAGAGAAGAGACCAAAGGUUCAUAUGUCCAAAGACCCCAUGUGGAUCCCAAAACCUCCUAUCCUCUAUGGCUCUGACAAAUUAGAGAUAUUCCAACCCUACGAUCCUGAGACUCCCUCUAGUACCACCCCACCUGGUUCAGCAUCUUGCCCUGGUUCACCUUCAGAUUCACCUUCUGGCCCAAUUACUGCACCAUCUUCUUUGACCUCUUUGAAAGCAAAUCCUCCUCUCUUUGCCUCUACUUCUUCCUCCAGUAGCAUCUCUGACAAAAAUCCCACAAAAGGAUCCAGUAAUAAGACUCCACUACAGACUAUUUUGAAAACUUUGUUUCGCAAAAAGGAAAAUGACUCCACUGUUGCUUCUGAUGGAAGCUCUUCAACAACAGCAAUAAAUCCUAAAAACACCCCACUGUUUUCUCAAGUAGAUCCAAUUGUCCAACAAUAUGGGCAGAAAUCCAAAGUCAAAAUGAUGGAAGAAGUGGAAAAUGACUUUGACCGACCAUAUGACCCAGAGGAGGAAUAUGAUCCAGCCAUGGGAUAUGGAAGGGUUGGUCCACAGAAAAUGGAGGAAAUUAAGAAAGAUGUCCCUCCAUUGUCUGACUGUGUGGAGGAUGACAUAGCCUAUGAUCCAGAGGAUGAGACUCUCUUUGAAGAUAUUCGAAGUGAUACUCAUGAACCAAAGGCUCCUGUUCCAGUAUCAGAUUCUACAUCAUGUCCAACAACACUUUCCACCCAGAUUGUAACACCAGCUGCCACCCCACUGCAAACUACCCCAUCUACCCCACCUGUAGUAAUGCCAAACCUUCCAACAGGCACCGUGGUUGUUUCAGCUGCAACACUGACUGAACAACAGCGCAUGCUUGAAGAGCUCAAUAAGCAGAUUGAAGAGCAAAAACGACAGUUGAAGGAGCAGGAAGAGGCACUACGUCAACAGAGAGAAGCUGUGGGUAUGUUCAUGGCUCAAUUUUCUGUUUCUGAUUCCCUGUUGUCUCCACCAUCAAAAUCUGUGCCAAUCAGUCAACCGCCAUCUCUACCAAGUGGCACAAUGCAAACAGAACCUUCAGAAUCAUCAGAGUCCAAAAACCCUACAGAGACUGCAGACAAAUCAACUGGGAAUUUUCACUCGGCUAAAGGAGAAGAUACCACUGUCCUCCCUGCUUUAAAAGAUGAUACAGAUACCACUAUAAAGCAAGAUGAAACACAGGAAAAUGUUGAGGAAACUGAAAAGUAUUCUUCUGCUGGAGAGAUUGAAGAUUCUGAUGUAGCGUAUGACCCAGAAGAUGAGUCGCUUUUUAAUUUAAUUCAAGAGGAUGUAUUUCAAGGAGCUAGUUCAAAGACUCAUGAUUCACCUGGGCAAAGUUCCGCUCGGAAGAGUGCUACGCCCAAUUCAUACCACGGCAGAAAGCGAAGGUCAUCACCGAAGAGGCGGAGUCAUCGUGAAAAGGACAGCAGUCCUUCAAGAAGAUCACAACACCGCUCUCCUUCACAUUCCCGCAGACGCAAGGAAAGAGAUAGACACAGAAGAAGUGAAAGGGACAGGUCAAGACAUAGAUCUAGAAACCAGUCUGAGCGCCAGGGUCGCCAUCAUAAAGAGCAUACUACACACCGACAUUCUCAUGGCCGAAAAAGAUCCCCAUCAUCUCCUAGAAAAAGAGAUUUUGUGUCCCUUUCGCCACAACAGCACAAAGAACUUUCCCCACAAGUACCUGAGAAAUCACAACAUGGAAUAGUUCAGUGUAAUCCUCCAGACUCUGUUGGAGCAUUGGUAGAGAGAAACACAUCACCAUCUACCCCACAUACUGUUAAAAAUGACCCCGAUGGAUGUCAGCUAAAAUACAAUCUUGUUGAGAGCUCUGAUAAAGAUGUUUCUCAAAAUUCACAUUCAUUUCACAACGUGAAGAUUGAGGUUUCAGAACCACCAGAAUUCCAUGACUCUCAAAAAAAGUCAGUAACUUGUCCUUCCGCACAGGUGGACAAACCCUCUCAACAAGAAAUUAUGCAUAUUGAUAAAUUGGAAAGUACAGUUCCACUUAGAGUAACUGACCCACCUAUUCGAGAUUCUCCUGAAAGCCCUGACCCAGAACCACAGUUCUUGAAAGAUAGCAACGUUGAGAAGACUGACUGUAUUAAGACUGAGGAAAUCAGAGAUCAUGUGACACACACUGACCUCCCAUUGCCAUUUGUUAAAGUUGAAAACAAUUGUAUGCCUAUUGGUGGUCAAACGCCAGUGGCAAAUAUUUUGGAACUUAUUGUGGGAACCCCAAAUCCAAAAACCCAACAUUUACAUAGUCCAAGUGUCAGUGAUCAAAGUAUUAUAGGGGUUGACAAACAGUUAAAGGAGAAGAAAUCAGAUGUAAAUUAUCCAGAAAUAAUGGGUCAAGGGGGAGCAUAUUUAAAGCUAGCCAGUAAUUCAGAUAUUCAAGGCACAGCACCCGAAGUAGAUCCAGUGACAAAAUAUUCCAGGAAUCUAGGUCCAGAUAUGAAAGAUAAGGAAGGAUCUAGGAUGCAAGGUAUGAACCUAGAAUGCACUGAUAAAAAACACUGUGAAACAGGAAUGAGAGGAUCUGUGCAUAUGCCAGUAGGUACAAAUUCAGAUGUGAUAGAUUCAGGACAACACAGUGAAAUGAGAGAUGCAGGGAUAAAGGGUCCUUUAGAAAUAGACCUAAAAGAAAGAGGUGAGAGUCCACAUACUGGGUGUAUGAGAUCUCCUAUGAUUGGUGGCGGAAGAGAUCACAGCCCAGAUUUAAGGAGUCAAGGUCCAUAUCUCGUAGGGUCAAGAAGAGAGGGUUAUCAGAGAGAUGGGUUUCAGCCACAUGGAAGAAAUGAAGACUUCAGAAGGGUGGGCAAAGAAAAGAGUUUAGAUAUAAGUACAGUAAUGGAGAACCGAGUUCAAACAACUGAUAUAACACCAACCCUUUCAAUGACAAGUGAAAGCUGGUGCCCACAAAGCUGGCCAGAUGAACCAAAAUGGGACAGUACAGGACAUAAUACACCCCAUGGUAAAUAUGGGGAUACAAGGGGUAAUAGAAACCAGCCACAUGAAAGACGUACAAGCAGAGACAAGGGAGAAAUAGGUUCAAAUUUAAGGGAUGCAAACAUGCAAAAUGUAAAUAUACAAGGUGUGGGGGUUGAGAGGAAAAAUGAUCCAAUGGGUCAAGAAGGCAUAGGUCCAAAUGCUAAUAUUUCACAUCAAGAUUGGAGAGGAGCUGGUUCUGAUCUGAGGGGUCAUAGAGGUCAAGAUAGGAGAGAUUCAGUUGCAGGAAAACCAUUUAUGCAAGAUGGCUACAGGCACCAUCAGUCUGAUAUGCAAGGUCCAAACAUAGAGACCCAGGAGUCUGACAGAGGACUAACAAGCUCUGAUUUCAUGACACCUGAAACAAGAGGACCUGCUAGUAAUAUCCCAUUGAAUGACAGAAGAGGAUCAAGAGGUCCAGAUUUUUGGAGAGGUCCAACUAUGGAAAAUACAGGACCCAGCCCGAUAGGACCAGGAGGUGCACAUUUCAGAGGGCUAGAGACUGAGAGGAAAGACCCAUCUUUAAAUUAUCAUGGACCUGAUAUGAGAGGACAAGGUGCUAAUUUCAGCAGACCAUGGCCUAAAAUUAGAGGUCCAGAUAUGGUUGUUCCUGAAUGUCAAGGUUUCAGUGGUCCAGGACCUGAACAGAGUGGCCCUCCUCUAGAGGGAUGUAACAGGAGAGAACAUAAAAGUACAGAUUUCAGACCUGGACCUGUAAGGAGAAGUCCUGUUUUGGGGGGUCUUGGGACUGACAAGAGACAACCUGAAGGUCCAAAUUUCAGUGGUCCAGGACCCGAGAGUAGGGGUCCCAUUAUGAAGGGUCCUGGAACAGAUGGGAGAGGUCCUGAAGCUCCACAUUUCAGCAGACCAGGACCUGAGAGAAGAGGUCACCCUGUGGAGGGUCUUGGAUCCAACAGGAGAGAUCCUGAAGGUCCAGAUUUCAGAAGAUCGGCACCUGAAUGGAGAGGUCCUGCUAUGGAGGGUCCUGUGACAUGUAUAGGACCAGGUGGUCCAGAUAUCAGAGGACCAAGGAAUGAAGGUAGAGGCCAGUCUAUGGAGGGUCCUGGGACUGACGGGAGACGACCCGAAGGACCACAUUUCAGUGGACCAGGACCUGAGAUGAGGGGUCCAACUAUGGAGGGUCUUGGGACUAACAGGAGAGAUCCCCAAUGUUCAGAUUUCAGAGGACCAAGAUCUGAGUGGAGAGGUUCUGCUAUAGAGGAUCCUGGGACUGACAUGAGAGGACCACCUGGUCCAGAUUUCAGGGGACCAGGGCAUGAAAGCACAACCGUGCCACUGGAGGGUCCUGGACUUGGCAGAGGAGGACCUGGAGUUCCACAUUUUAGAGGGCCAGGGCCUGACAAAAGGGGAUCUGGAACAGAUAGGAGACGUCCUGAAGCUCCACAUUUCAGCAGACCAGGACUUGAAAGGAGAGGUCAAGCUAUGGAGCAACUUUGGGCUGACCAGAGGGGACCAGAUGGUUCAUAUUUCAGAGGACCAGGUCCUGAAAGGGGAGCUCCUAAUAUGGAAGGUCCUGGGACUGAUAGACAAAUAUCUGAAUAUCCAGAUAUCAGCAGACAAGGACCUGAAAUGAGAGGUCCUGCUAUGGAGGGAUCUUGGACUGGUCCAAAUUUCAGUGGACCAGGACCCGAAAGAGGAGGCCUUGUUAUGGAGAGUCCUGAGUUUAAUAGCAGAGGCCCUUCAGGUCUUGCUUUCAGGGGAAUAGGGCCUGAAAUCCCAUUCAUGGGGGGUCCUGGGUCUAGCAUAGAAGGACCUGGAGGUCCUGAUUCCAAAGAUCUUGGACCUCAUAACAGAGCACCAAUAAAUGAAAGGAUAACUCCCUGUAUAGACAGCCAAGAGCCUAACAAACACAAACCAGUACAUUCACAUUUUCAGGGACGAAACACUGGAAGGACAGGAACAGAAGGUCAUGAGUUCAGAGGGCCUAGGUGUGAAAGAAGAGGUAAUUCUGUAGAAGAUGAAAGACCUACAAUUAGAGGGCCAGGAGAUCAAAAUAUUGGUGUGUCUGACAAAAUAGGUAUAUAUAUUGAAGGCCCAGGGCCUCACAAUCAGGAAAGUGGGGCACCCCACUUUAGGGUUCCAGGGUCUGAUAGGGAGUAUCAAAACAUGGAGGGCCCAGAGCCUGACAGGAGAAGAGCAAGAAGUCCAAACAUGAGGAGAUCAGUGCCACAGCAUUUAGGUUUAGUCACAGAUGAUCAAGGGCUUGUAGGUAGACACCCAGAGGGUUUAAAUUUCAGGGGAGCUAGGCCAGAAAUAAGACGGCUAGAUGUGGAAGGAGCAAAAAACAGCUGGGACUUUACAGGAGACCCACAAUUAAGGGGUCCUCGGCAUGAAAGAAGACCUUUAGAUAUGGAGGGCCCAGACUUUGAUAGUUGUCCACACCCUGAAAGAGUGGGUCCGGAAAUAACUGGUAUGGAGGGUCAUGGAAGAGGACCAGAUUUUAGAGGAUUCUGCAGUGACUUCAGAGGUCCGGAUACUGAGAACACCGGGCCUGGCAUGAGAGAAUCGGGGGACUCUGGAGCUGAAAAAAGAGAUGUAGAUGGCCCAAGACCUGAUUGGAGAAAAGCAGUUGGUCCAAACUUUAGAGGCCCAGGCUUUAGGCAGACAGGCCAGAAUACAGAAGGUCCUAGACAUGAUAGAAGAAAUGAAUGGGAAAGGGCUGACUUUGGAGGGUCAGAAGUUAUCCAUGAAAAUCCAGGUUUGGAGGGCCCAGGACCUGGUAGAACAACUCCAAAUUUCAGGGGUCAAAGGCCCUUUAGGAGGAACAGUAGAGCACGAGGACCACGUGGGAACAGUUUAAAUCAGGGAGACGGAUGGAAAGGCACAAACAUAGAACGGUGGUCAGAUGGAAGAGGUGCCAAUGUGGAGACUGCUGUUCAUGAAGGAGAUCACAGGGAUAUACAUUCCAGGAAGAUUCAAAAAGAUCCAGAUGAGCAGGACCAUCAAAACAGGCAAGGUCCUCAUAGUGGUCCUGGAGAUAGGGGGUUAAUACAUAUACAGGAAAGACCAAAUGCUCAAUUUCCAGGGCCUAUGAGAGGACCACAAGGUGAUUGGCAUGGUCCUGGUUGCAGUGAUCAAGGGCCUGGCCAGGAUAAUCUAGAUAUGUGUCCAGGACAAGGGCCAAGGGAAGAAACUGUAAAUGAAUGGAGAGGGUCAGCUAGAUGGGGUGCUCAAAAUCGAAGAGGGCGCGGGACAUUUUUUAGGAGGGAAAGACGGCAAGAUCACAGAGGAGAAAGCCAUGAUAGAAGGGGUACAGGCUUUAGGGGAUCAGUAUCAGAUGUGAAAGGGUGUCCAGAUGUGGCAAAUGACUGGAGGCAGUCUCACAAGGGAGGCCCAUACUUGAUCAAUUCGUGUCCAGACAGGAGAGAAUUUGAGCCUGAAGGUCCAUAUAGACCAGAGUCAGGAGGUUUAGAUUUAAGAGGCCCACAACGUGGACACAGAAAUUCAAACACUGAGGGUCCACAGGCUGAUGAAACAUUUUCAGAUUGGGGAGGACAAGGUAGACGAUUUGAGCAUGAGUUAAGAGGGGACAAGAGAGGUCCAGACAUGGGAAGGCUAGGGCCUGUAAGAGGUUCAGAUAUGAGACAUGGGUCUGGUAGGUGGGAUGCAAACACUGAGAUUUCUGGAUCUGAUAGAAAAGGUUCAGAAAUUAAGGGGUCAGGCUUAGACCCCAGGGGAGCUGAGCAUGACAUGCAAGCUUCGAGGUUGUCAGAUAUACCUACAUCACUUAAUUUCAGUCCUUCUCAGGAUCCUACAUUUCAAGGUCCUAGUGAUAUACAUUCUCCUCAGUUUAAUAGGCCCCCAGGUCCUGCUCCAAACUGUGGAGAAGGUCCACAAAAUCAACCAUCGGUAAAUUCCCAGAGACACAGAACUGCUUUACUUCCCACUCCACCAGGUCUUAUACACUUUCCAAAUCAUAUGAUGAACAAUCCUAAUGUCUCCAAAUACAAUUAAAUGUGUUUCUCUACAAACAGGGAUUGGAGUACAGAUAGACCAGUGGAUGGAAAAAGAUAGAAGCACACCAAUAGAUAGAAAUACAGGUGCUGGAAAUGACAAAACAGAUCAGGGUAAUUAACAUGCUAAGCAAGUAUUUGGUACAUCUAGCGAGGAAAAUAAAACACAUUUCAAUUCAAGUACAUCAGCUAAAAAUCUUAAUACCUGGGCCCCUCAAGACCUAAAGUUGCUGAACUAGAUUCAUCAUCACAUUGGAUACUAGAGUAAUCAUAGCAUUGGAUCGAUAAACGGCAACACAUAACACACGAGUGCAUUUUAUUUUUUUCAAGGAAACUUCCUUAGUGUCUGUGUCCUACUAAUGUUUAUAGAUCUAUAGAUGAUCUACAGUCAAGGCCUUUCAAGAACAGAGAUUGUAACUUGAUUUGAUCAUAGUCAAAAGUACAAUUAUGUUUUGUUUUAUGUUUAAAGUACCUGAAUUUAUUUUUGUUAUUAGGACUGAAUGCCUCUUAACCAUAAUCACCUGCAAAUUGAGCUUGGUGUGUAUUUAUAUAUGCAAAUACAAAUGUUUUGUACAGUUUUUUUAUUUAACAUAGCCAUAACUGGUACAGUAACCUUGAUUUGGCUUUUAUGUUUCUCUGUUGAUAAAAGAUUUUUUCGAGUUGAGAAUAAAAUGACGCUUUAAAAAAAUA